AGAAUAUUAUGAAAAAGCUAUACUAAUCUUUUGGAUAAGAUGCUUAAAAUUUUCAAAAUAAAUUGAAUAAUUAUUAAGAGAAGGUGUAAGGAAAAUUUUAGGGAAUGCUCUUGAAAUCAGAAGAAAAAAAAUAAAAAAUCAUUUAAAAACUAUAAUAUGCAAAAGAACAAUUAUAAUUAAGCAUUGAAAAUAAUAAUCAAAAAAAGAGCUUCAAACUCUAAUAAAAAAUUGACUAAUUAGAAAUUGAAAUGUAGAAAAUUAAUCGUAAAGAUUAAAUUGCAAAAGAUUAUCAUCUUGUUUAUGAUGGUUUAUUAAACUAACUCUAAAUUACUCAAACUUAAUAAAUUGAAACAUUAUCUUAAGCUCAAAGAAAUGAUAAUUAUAAAAUAUUGUGUUCAAUAAAAAGAUAAGCAAUUAACUUGCAAAGUUAUGUUUAUAAAAAGAAACAUAUUGAUCCUCUUAUUCAAAUAUGUUUUCAUUGCAACUAAGUAAUCUAAUAUUUAUUUUUAUUAGCUUUUAAAAGAAUAUCUAAAAUUGGGUGUUGAUAAUUAAAUUUAAUAAGAAGAUAUAUUUUAGAUUGAUAAUGUAGCUAAUCAAAAGCUAAAUGAGAAAGAGAAGUUUAGAGAAGAAAAAUGGUAACAAAAAUAAGAGGAAAAAUAGUAUUUGGAAGAUUAAUAACUUUAAUCUUAAUACAAAUAAAAGGAUGGAAAUAAAUAACAAAAAAAGAAAGAAAGAUCUAACUAUUCUAAUGAAAGAAAAUUAAAACAAUCUCAGCAAGAGUAAUUAUUAGAACAAAACCAAUAAAUCUAAUAAGAAAAAGGAGAACAAUAUUCAAACUUAUGGAAUAAAUUAACGAAAAAUAAACUCAAAUAACAAUAACAACAAUAAGAAAUCAAAUAAGGAUAACAUAUUGACUUGAUACAAAAAUUUAAUAAUUUAAAAAUAGAAGAUAAACAACAAUAAAAUCAAAUAAUUUAAAAAUAACAAAAACCUUAAGAAACUGAAUAAGCAACAGAUGAUUCUAAAUUAUGUUAGAUUUGUUUUGAAUUUCCUAAAGAAUAUGUAGCAACUCCUUGUGGUCAUUUUGUAUAUUGUUCAAAAUGUAAAGACUUAGCUUAGAAAUAGUGUUUAAUUUGUAGAGAACCUGUAUAAUAAUUGAUCAAGGUUUUUUAAUGAAAAUUUAUUUAUAAUCAUC